AUUUUGAUCAAAUAAAAAAUAUGAAGACCCGACGUUCUGACGCAUACCGAAUUUUUGCUUUGACGUUUUCGGAAGUCGACGGAUGAUAAUCAUCAACUCUGUGAAAUAACAUACUAACCAAGAGCCAAUCUGCUAGAACUCUAAAUUUUAGCGCGUAGCUGAAGAUAGUGACUACAAAGUCCGCCUUGGCCACUUGCUAAAAUUCAUCUAGAACCGUCCCUGUAUAUAAACAGUACGCACAGAGCCACAAACACACUUUAUUUACAUACAAAUCCAGAGUAUGUACACAUAUAUACACACACAUAUAGACAACUUAGAUGCAAACCAUCAACGAAUGCCGUUGCCGCCGUUGCCGCCGUUGCCGCCGUCGUUGUUGUCAUUCUCAUUUUCAUUUGUUGCUGCUAGUUUUUAGAAGUCAAUCGAGAAUUGUCGACGCUACCAGGCGGAACAUCAACCGAGUUUGUGCUCUCAUAGGUGAAAAAGGAAGUGUUUUGUUAAUAAAGGUGAACUUAUUGAACUCCGUGUGCAACUACCGAAGGCAGCCUGGGAAAAUGCAUCGCAACGAAAGUUUAAACAAACUGAUGAAAGUCUUCAUUUUGGCAUUUUUUUGCAAUGAAAUGCACUCGAGCUUCACGCAGUCCAAUGCCGCCGAACACCCCUUCAACGUCUACCCCAGCAGCAUAAACGGCAGCGAGGCAACAUUGGAGCAUGCGCAGUAUCAAGCCUCCAUCCGUUUGGCUAUCGAAGAUUACAUGUUUGGCGAGGGACACAUUUGCGGCGGCGCAGUGAUAGCACCGUCUGUGGUGCUAACCGUAGCGCAUUGUGUACACAACUACCAGACGCAGACGUCGCGUCACCCGGCUGAAUUGAAAGUGGUCAUGGGCACACUGAAUCGUUAUCAACGCGACGAACAUACGCUUGUCUACGGCGUGACCCACGUACAUCGGCCGCGCUCGUUCAACGCACACACCUUGCGCGAUAAUAUAGCGAUCAUAAUGUUGGAACGUGACAUUCCACUCGCACAUCCCACCGUGAAACCGAUUACUCUGAGUUUGACGGCCUUAAGUGACGCGAAGACGCAUGAAAUGCUUGCCGACAAUGCAGCGAAACGGCAUAAGUACGUGGUGACUAGCUGGCUGGUUACAAAAGAGCACAUACCCUAUACCCAAUUGAUGUCAUUGAAUGCCACUCAGCUGAGCGAUCAGCAAUGUGCGGAUAAAUAUGGACAAAUCUAUGGACCAGAUAUGGUGUGUGUCGGUUAUCUGGGAGCACAGCAGUGGGAAACUGCCUGCAAACAAGACGCUGGCGCACCGCUGGUGGAAAAUAAUCAACUGCUGGCGCUUACUGCUAAACAAAGCGUCGAUUGUAAGACAUGCUCAGAACCAGCGCUUUUCGUCGAUGUCAGUCAUCAUGCCAACUGGAUUUUGGAGAUAAUCGGCGAUGGCACAAAUCGCAAUAGUUCCAUUUGGGGUACGCUGUUCUUCUUAAUAUUCACAAUUUGGACAGCGCGACGCACGAAAUACUUCAAGCUUUGGCUUUAAGCCUAAGCUGUGUGGAGCAAAUUUAAUUUUAACCGUAUUCCUUUGUGAAUACAAUAAUUUAGGAUUGAAUGAAUUAAGGCUGAACUUUUUCAAGAAACAUUUUUUUUAUAUGUAUAUGUAUAUAGAUUUUGUUGUUAUAUAUAAUUUGCAUUCCACAAUUGUAGAUGAAUUGGAGAAGUGUAUAUAUACAGUGGGAACGAACCUAAAUAACCUCAAAAGACAUAGUUCUAAGAUUAAAUAAUAAAGCUGGAUUUAUUAGAUAAUUAAUAUUAUAUUUGUUGCAUUUGUGGUAGUUUUAGUAAACGAGUUAUUAUGAAAUAUUUUUUUGUAAACAUAAAUAGAAAAAAAUUAUACCAGAAUUAAUUAAACAAUUUGUUAGUAAAAUAAAUGAGAAUUUGAUUGAAAAAGAA